UGUUGAAUUUCAAUAUGGCGAACGACGACAAAGGACGCAGAAAGUGGGGAGAUAUUUCACAAGAUAGCAGAAUCAAUUACAAAUCGGAUAAAGGAAAAUUUGGUGACAUGCGUGGCGCAGCUCCAAAUCGGGCACCUCCCAGGCUAAUUUACACACCAGGGAGUGGGCCGCUGAAAAAAACUGGUCGUGCUCCUGAUGAUUUCGAUAGAGAGGCAAAUUCAGGAGAGAGAACAAAAUCUGUCUCGGUUCAAGAUCGUCUCAGGCCCAUGCAUUUCAAUAGUACACAGCAAGGAGAAACAGUUAGAGCUCAAGAAUCCAAUGAAAAAUUGAAUGAUGCUACUUUCAGCGAGGACAGAAGUAGCAUUGAUGAUGGCAAUUCUGUAAGAACCAGUCAUCAUGGUGGCGAUGGGAGAAGAAGAAGCAAGAAGCCGGAACUGCCGUUGUACGUACCCAAGAAAGUCCAGGAGGCAUUGGCCAAACGGGAUGUAACUAAUAGAUCACCGCCUCCGAGAACGCCAACACCUCCUCAGUCUACCCACCAGCAACAAGCAAAUGUUCACAUAGCAUGGGAGAGGGAACGAGUAGAGAGUGGCAACCGAGAUUGGGACAAUCGCUCGAGUCGUGGCUUCAGAAACGAGGGACACCGAAACCGAAUGGGAAGACAGACAGUUGGGGAUUCGAGCACCAACAAUGUUCGAAACAGACCAGACGACCAGGGAAAACGUUUUUCGGGAAAUCGCAGAGGUGGCCAUCGUAAUACGAACGAGAAUGAAGAACGCGAAUGGCGAUCAAACUCACCAAUGUCAGCUAGAAAUUAUGGCAGUCGUCGAGAUUAUCCUCGGGAAAUUCGACAGGGCUCGGAGCCACUCGCAGCUACGCCGAACAAUGCCAACGAAUACAAUCGUAUUCGUGACACUCGAAGCGUCGAUCCACCGAGUUUUGGUGAAAAGUUUCAAAGGAAGCCACCCUCGGGGCGAUGGGUGAGUGACAAGAUGAAUAUUUUACCACCGCGGCUGCAACGAAAAUAUUUGGCUAAAAACGGCCUGGACGUUCCUCCUGGAAAUUCGUUAUUUUCAAAGUCAUCCGAGGAUUGGGACGGGAGCACGAUUUCAUUCCAGGGCUCAUCCGGAUACAACAACACUUCAUGGACUCGUAACAACAUGCCACCGCCUCAUUCCUCUUGGUCAAAUACAAUACCGGCUCGUAGUAGAGGAAGAGGGAGACUUACGACCGAAGAAUUGGAAUCGUCGAUCGUGAAUCAUAGACCUGGCACUCCAGAUCAGUAUUCAGCUGCGAGUUCCAGAUCGCAAACGCCCAGCCAGGAAUACAGCACUCGACAUUAUGAACGUCGAGGAAGCAACAGUACAAUGUACACGAGCAUGGAGAGCCUCAGUCGGGCCGACACGCACGUUUCGAUGCCACAAAAUCUGUUUGUCCAUCCAAACACGAACCGAGGCCGUCGACCUUCACCUCCACAACCUCCUGAUAUUCAGACUAGACGAAGCGUAUCUCCGAAUUCAACCUCUACCAUUCCGCAUCAUCAAACUCAUAACCAGUGGCACCGUACGAACAACAAUGCGGAAGAGGCAACUAAUUCGAUCGGUGGCGAUCCGAAUGACGAACGUUACAGCCUGAAUCCGAGUCCGGUGAAGAGCAGCGAACCAUACAGUUCGUUGCCCGAUAUGGCUUCGAUAGCGAAUCUCGAUUGGAGCGAAGACGUUGAAACUCCGUUGUACAAUAAAAACGAGAACGACCACGAAGGCGGACAACAUCGUAAUCCGAGUCGCAGCUCUUCGGUUACAAGCUUGCGGGACAAUGGCAGUAUUUCUGGUCAUUCGGUUGGUCCAGCUGCAUCGAGCAAUCAGUUCUCAGGACGUGAUUCUGGAUUCAGACGGAAGAGAAAAGACAGGAGACGUUCGGGGGCGAGAGAUAAUCGAAACCGGAGCUGCAGCAGGGAUAAUGAAAAUCAUGGUAAAAGUCGGGAACGAACAAAUAAUCAACAAAACAGAGAAGUUACAGGAAAUGAGCGAAUGGAUGGUCAUGGAAGACGAUACGAGGGAAAUCGAAAAAAUCGAAACGGCAGAAUGCCGAGGAGCCGAGAGUCCAGUAGAGAUCGAGAUCACCGUGGCGCACCAAGAAAUGUUGAGGAAAAUCGGCGAAUUAAUGAUGAAAAUUGGAGAACUGGAAAACGUGUUUCAACUUGCGAACCAGAAGAGCCGAGAAGUUCCUUAGCAAUUAGUAACAGUCAACAACAAUUCAACACCACCGGACAAUUUGGUUCACACGCUAAUACCAAUGCACUUCGAACAACGAGCUCCACUUUGCCCAAACCAUCUGCCAAUCAUCAACCACCGGGAGUUCUUGUUCUUACCGAAAGAAAUUUAUCAUCGCCUCGAUACACGACCAACGUCAAUUGCGGGCGCCAGGAUAAUCAGUCUCAACAGCAGCGUAAAACACUCUUUGAUCCAAACAACCCUGACAAGCCGAUCAUCGUUCGAACGACUGGAAAUCGAAACUCAUCUUUGCAACUUCGGGACAAGGACACAACGUGCCAAGCCUCGAGUCCUAGCCUGGUUACUUGCAACUCUCACACCCUUAUAUCGCCCACAGGCCAUCAGAGCUUUGGUCCUUACCGUGGGCCACCAAUGGAGGCUGGAAAUGCCGGAAUUUCUGGUAUUAGGCCUUCCGUACCUUUCGUCACUGAACAAAUGCAGGGUAAUAAUUCUCGGCCCGCGUGGUACGAUCCCCGCUCGGAAGUUCUUCGCUCAGCUAAAGAUCCUUAUCGACUAUUGGAAGUAGAAACGAUUGAUCGUGAGCUGCAGUGGGUUCUGAGUUCUGGUAGUUUGACUUCAAACUGGGAAAAGAUUACGAAUCUCCGUCUGACGCUUCGCAACCGUUUGGAGAUUUUGCUUGAAAGUGACAUAAAAUUCUGUCAAACAGAGAACGUCGAGCAGCACUUUUGGAAAAUUCUUUAUUACAAUAUGAUUGAAAUGCUGCGCAAAAUAAUGCCGAAAGAAAACAACGAUCUACGUGAACAGUAUAAAAGAAUUAUGCUUGAGAUUAUCGACGAGGGUACACAGUAUUUUGAAAAUUUGCUCACCGUUCUCGAGAAAAAAUACAAAUUCAAGCUCGAAGUUUUUCUCGCAUCGACUUCACCGCCCAACGGACUUGGCUUCAUCGGCCUUGCACUCGUCAGUGCCCAGAAAAUUUUCCUCUUUCUCGGCGAUCUCGCUCGGUACAAAGAGCAAGCUAAUGAAACGACCAAUUAUGGACGAUCAAGACAAUGGUAUUUGAAAGCUCAGCAGAUCAAUCCGAAAAAUGGCCGCCCUUACAAUCAACUGGCUCUACUUGCGCAUUACGCGCGACGAAAGUUGGACGCGGUUUACUACUACAUGCGAUCUCUCAUGGCCUCGAAUCCUUUCCACUCAGCAAGGGAAAGUCUUAUAGCACUUUUUGACGAAAACAGAAAAAAGUAUCUUCAUUAUUACGAAUCGACCGAAAGAAAACGUAAGGAAGAGCGCGAAUGGAAGGAACGAGCGAGAAUGAAGGAGAAAGAGGGAGCGAACAACGCACCGGGAGCCCUCCGUCGAGAAACUUGGAUACACCCGGGUGGAAGGAGAGUCCGACGAACGACUUCGUCGACCGGACUUGGGGAUUCCAAAUUUUCUCACAGUGACUCUGAAGAACUGUCACAACUGACGAGUGUUGAGGUAAACAAACGCUUCAUAACGUCGUAUCUUCACGUUCACGGAAAGCUCAUCACGAAGAUAGGCAUGGAAACCUUCCAAGAGGCUGCGAUCCAGAUGCUUCGAGAAUUCAGGACGCUGCUUCAACACUCACCUCUGCCUAUACCCGAGACGCGUCUCCUUCAGCUACUCGCACUCAACAUGUUUGCCAUCGACACGACACAGUUGAAGGAUUCGCAGAUGGAACAGGGCUACAGAUCCGAGGUCCAGGAACGGGCCCUCGUCGUCUCGUUACAAAUGUUCAAUCUCAUUCUCGAACGCGGUGUCGCCUUACUCAGAAGCCAAUUCGACGAGAACCAACAACACAGACUCAUCGUUGACGAAGACAUGCAAGUUUUAUUGCCUGCCAUAAAGAUCUGGUGCGAUUGGAUGCUCUGUCACAGUACCGUCUGGAAUCCACCACCUUCGUGCACGGACUACAGAGUCGGCCCACCCGGAGACUCGUGGAGCCGCCUCGCCACGAUGGUCAAUCUUCUCGAGAUGCUCUCGUACUCGAGACAAAUCGUUAUCCAAGCUAAAGAUACCCUCGGCCGAGGAAACGAAGUCGAGUUGAUCAAAUUACCGGAGGACACCACUCUUUCGGGCUUCACGCCUCUCAUGUCCAAUCCACAAGAUCCUUGCUACGCCGACAAAGCCGAGGACAUGGAAGUUGCUCAGAUGUGUCUAAGGAUACAGAAGAUCCUGUUUUUCGGUGAGGUGUUUCUCUGUGGUCUCGAGACUCCGGUCCUAAAAUUGCAGAAAAACGAAUACGGGCUGAAUGAGUACGUUUCGGUGGUCGAAGCAUCGAGCUCUGGUUCCCCGAGCUCACCACCCGAGCAGAGUGAUUCGGAACUGCUCGUCGAGAGUUACAGUGAGGAUGAAAGUGACGAGGUCCCGAGAGUCGCUAAGUCAUCGGGUGAGUCGUGGCCCGGAGGAAGUCAAGGAUCGUCGGUUCCGGCCGCCGAAAUUCGCUCUCUCAUCGAACGAAAAGAGGAAUUGGAAAGACGGCAGAGAAAGCAGGAACGUCAUCGGCAACGUGUUCAAGCAAUACUCAAAAAAUCCACUGUCUCGGUAGAAAUCGAAGUCCGACCGCGUCUCCUCGUGCCAGACACAAAUUGCUUUAUCGAUUAUUUGCCACAGUUGCAAGCCAUCUCGAGAGCCACUUCCGGUACUCAGCCUCUGUACACACUCAUGAUACCUCUCGUUGCUUCCGGCAUAAUUUUACCACGAGAAAUCGGAAUUUUCAAGCGUUUGACUGCGAACAUGAAGCGUUUUAGAAAAUAUUGGAUGUCAAAGAGCGAUCGACGUCUUCGGCCACCUCGCAAACGGCUGUGACACUUUUCCGAUUCGAAACUUCGCUUCCAGAUAGAAAUACACUUUACCGCGUAUUUGUUCGAUCUAUAUUCGAAUCCUAUUCAACGUGGCGUUUGCUUUGUCUUCUUAUCGACUUUUCAAUGGCAAAUACUCCAACAAAUCCCUUUCUGUUAUUUUGUUUGUUUGCCAGAGCUUCUUUCGUUUGAAACUGAUCGAGAUAUCGGGACGGAUUCAACCUUCCAUCGUCCAAAUUUAGCGCAAAACUCUUGAAAAAUAACAUUUUUUUUUAAAUUCGUGCACGUUAACUUGCUGCACAGUAAAGAUGUCAUUUUGGAACGUUUGGAAUUUCGAUGUCACAUCCGACGACGUUGACUCUGAUUCGACGUAUUAUUUCUAUCUGAACAUAGCCGCGGUCACAUUAGAAAAUGUGCCAUCGGUGAAAGCGAGGAACGUUUUUUCAUCCCGUCAAAAGCUUUAAAAAAAAUUGUAAGAUCGUCGAGUUCUCAAGAGUUUGCCAUUCGAUCUUCCUGAUUUCACAAAAAAAAAAACUUUGAUUCAAUUCUCAAACGUUGGCACAGGAUUUUAAUUGAAAAUAAAUAUUUCUCUCCUUGCCCAUGAAAACAAGAAAAAUUGAUAUUAUGCGUAAAUCGAUAGAACGAACUAAUUACUUUGCGCAGGCGAAAUCCUACGAGGAGAGUUAAAGUGAAAGAGUCGAAUGGUUCCGAGGUGUCAGAUGUGCCAAAGGGCAGGUCAAAAGGGCAAUUUGAAAUUUGACCUUAACUCACCUUUACGGGGCAUUAGACGUUCAAACAAAAAGUGUGUUUUCACCACGAGGAUCGGAGAUACUCUCGUUCGUAUGCGCUCUUACGGAGAAGAGAGCGAAUAUUUGAUGCCUGCCCGGAACGCGGGUAGCGUGGCAGAACGAGUCGGCGAGAGGGAGGGAGAAGGGAGGAGUAGGAGGGGUGAAGCGAGACUAAUAAUUUUCUUCCCUCCGCGAUGUACUCAUGGCUUCUCUCCCUCACUCGCUCUCUCUUCUCCUCUUUCGGGCUGUCUCCCUCUCGCGCGCAUCGGAGUCGUGACUCGACGAUGGAAUCAUGGGUCAACCAACCGAGGGAUGCGAGUUUCACGCACCGUAAAAAUGAUAAAAUAAACAAGAGUAAAAUGUAAAGAAAGGAAAAAAGGAAGGAAGGAAAAAAAAUGAUUGGAGAGUUGCGAUGUUUUGUUUUAAUUAACACGGACAAACGAGUUUUAGAGAAAAAACUAUUGCAAAAAUGGGGAGAGAGAGUCUCUCUGGUGAAAGAUGCGAGAAUGAGAAAUUCGAACAGGCAGACUGAUGCAUACGAAAUGUUGUUGAGCUUUAAGCGCGCGAGGUUCAUCCAAUUGAAAAGAUUUCCGAUAGGAUUGGAAUUUCAUUUGCGUUUGGGAGUACCAGCAGCAGCAGCAGCAGCAGCAGCAGCAUGGAUAAGAGACCUCGCUCGAUAGAGAUAAAGAGAGAGAAAGAACGCCAGAGAAAGAGAGAAAGAUAAAAAU